AUGUGGUUCUCCAAAAACAAUCUACCCUUAAGUGGAAAGACUGCAGUGGUAUUAGGAGCCUCUCAAGGUCUAGGUGCUGAAUUCGGUCGUAGACUAUACCUUGAAGGGUGUUCAGUGAUUCUAGUUGCUAGAACAGAAUCUAAACUUAAGAAACAUAAAGAUGCCAUUCAAGCAACAGACAAGGUAAUCCCUCCAGAGUGUACCAUUUCAUAUGCUGUUUGUGAUGUAAGUGAUUACGAUAGCGUCUUGGGAUUUUUCCACAAGAUGAUGGCUAUUGAAAAUAUUGACCCUGAUUAUGUGUUUUCAUUUGUUGGUCUGGCUAUCCCUAAACUUUUUAAUGAUUUAACUAAAGAAGAUUUGGUUUCAGGUUAUCAAACCAAUUACGUGGCCAAUGCUAAUGUUGCCCAUGUAUUUGUUAAUCAGGUGAUGGCUAUCAAUAAACAAACCAGUCGUAAACAGUUUAAGAAACGUGUUCUUUGUAUGUGUUCUUCGGUGGUAUCGUUUUACCCUGUGAUUGGGUAUUCCAGUUAUGCUCCUUCCAAGGCAGCACUUGAUUCUUUGUGUACUAUAUUACGAGCUGAAUUGAAGCCUUAUAACUUCAGAGUGGCCACAAUCUUCCCGGGCAACUUUGAAAGUGAAGGAUACAUUCAAGAAGAAAAGACCAAACCGGAAAUAACAAAGAUUGUGGAAGGUCCAUCAACUCCAAUAACUGUUGAGAAAUGUGCUGACAUUAUUUUGGAUAAGUUGAAUAAAGGAUAUGACACCAUUACCACCGAUACUAUUGGAUGGAUUGUUUCAUGUUUUGGAUUAGGAAUGUAUCCAAGGCAAUGGGGAUUUCUACAAAUAAUCAAACAAAGCAAGAAUAAGAAUGAAUAA